UAUUAAAUAAGAAGCAGCAUUUUAAUAUUGUCAAAAUUGACAUUUCAUAUUAAACAAAAAGAAAAACGUAAAACACGCAACAUUUGGAAAAACUCUUCAUGGCAAGUAGUCUUGUUGCUCAAGUGGCAAAAAAAUACGGAGCUGUAAUAUUUUUUCCCACAUUUACCGCCGCCACCAUUUUUGCCGAUUGGUCUAACACACAGGCCUGGAAACGUAAACAAAAGGAACAAGCCAAGGCUCAAGAACUUUUGAAACACUAACAAAAAUAUGUUGGGUAUCGACAAACGUUACAUCUGGGGCGUUUUGCCUUUCAUCGGUUUUGCCAUUGGUCACUUUUUGGAUUUAAAAGAAACCGAACGUAUGACCAUGUUCAGAGACAAGAGUGCUCUGUACGGUCGUCCUGAAGGCAGAAAACAGCCAUCAUGGUAAACCAUAGAAAACCAAAAGAAAAAAUCUCGGUUUAAGAUGUAAAAAUAAAUGUUUAUUUUUAAUUUUUAAAAAUAUAUCUAAAGUACACGAAAAUUUAAAAGAA